GAGCGACCAUUGAUUUACCUUCUGCUUCCCAACCCGCCACGGCACCCCCGAGGAAUCGACGACACCGAGCUCUAGACUGCCACGAUGCGUCCGACGCAACCUCUCCGCGCCAGCGGCGCCCCCGACUACCGAAUUGGAACCUACUUGGGCGGCUGGGGCUCCUUUGGCGGCACCAAGCAGAAGGGCAUCGUCUCCUACGGCGUCGCUGCCAACCGCCAAAACCCCUUCGCCGGCGCCUUCCACGACGCCAUCUUCAACACCUUCCGCCGCACCAAGUCCCAGAUCUUCUACUGGCUGCCUCCCCUGGUUGCCGGCUACUACCUCAUGAACUGGGCCACUGAGCGCAACCACUACCUUCAGUCCAAGGCUGGCCGUGCCGAGUUUGCCGACGAGGAGGAGUAAGUUAUCGGACGGGUGGAGGAGGUCCCCGGACCAUGUACAUCACUGCCUAGAGAAAUAGACGUG